ACUGGGUCUGGGCUCCUUUCGGCCUUCUUGUCAGCCAAAUGAAAAUGGGGAGACAAUUCUCCAAAUUCCCAGCUGUCCUUGGCCAUGCAGGCUGGGGAUUCUGGGUAAAAAGAAUGGCGUAUUCCAUUUCGUCACAAAAUAUUGUAGCCAUUUCCGAUCUUCACCCAAGCCUUGCUCAUCCUAGUAUAAUUGGUGUGGUGAUUGGGAAAACAGAUGCCAAAGGCUUUCCGGACAGAAAAAAUAUUGGAUCAGAACGAUAUACUUUUUGUUUUACCAUUCGUGAUUCCCCAUCAUGGUUCAUAAAUGUGAAUUCCUGGGGAAGAGAGGACUAUAUUAAAUCACUUUCAGAAACCUUUAGACUUGGUGAUUGUGUCAUAAUUGAAAAUCCUCUAGUACAGACAAAAGAGGUAGAAAAAGAAGAAAAGUUCAACCCUACUACAACAAGCAGUUACAAACUAUUGCUUAGUGAGAAUCAUUCUGUGGUCAGAAUCUACGAAGCAGACACCGGACUGCUGUCUCUGUUACAUCUACCUGUAAAGAACCCUCAAGAUUUUUACUCAUUGGGGGAUAUUGUGGCCAAUGGACAAAGCCUGGAUGGGAAAAUAAUCAAUGUUCUUGCUGCUGUUAAAUCGGUUGGUGAACCAAAAUAUUUUGCUACUUCAGACAGGCGUAAAGGCCACAGGUGUGAAGUAAGGCUGUACGAUGACAGCGAGUCUUCCUUUACAAUGAUAUGCUGGGACAAUGAAUCUAUCCAGUUUGCACAGAGCUGGGUACCCCAAGAAACAGUAAUAUUUGCAUCUGAUAUAAGAAUAAACUUUGACAAAUUUAGAAACCGUAUGAUUGCAACUGUAAUCUCAAAGACCAUCAUUACUAUUAACCCUGAUACAGCGGAAGCCAAUAUUUUAUUCAAAUUUAUAAGACAAAGUCCAGAAAUGUUAGACUUGGAUGAUGAAAUGAUAGAUCAGUGGAGAUCAGACUCCAUAAAUUUGCAGACAAUAGUUGAUGUUUAUACAGUGGAACAAUUAAAGAUGAAAACUUUGCAAAAUGAAGGAAAACCAGAACCAUUUUAUGGCAUUAUUUUUGCCUACAUUUCUACAUUGAAUAUUGAUAAUGAAGCAAGUAAAGUAAUACGAAACAGGUGUGUUAAAUGCCACUAUGUUAUCAAUGAAAAGACAAAUACAUGUUCUUUUUGUAGCAGCACUAACUCCUUAGAUGCUGACACUGUGCCAAUGUUUGCCAGCUUUGAUUUACUAGUUGACCUAACUGACCAUACAGGAACUCUUCACUUUUGCAGUCUCUCAGAUACAAUAGCCGAAGAAACUUUAGGUCACACGGUCCAAGAAUUUCAAGCUCUGACAGAGACACAAAAGACAACAUUAAAAUGGCAAUUCCUUCUAGAAAGAAGCAAAAUUUACUUUAAGGUUAUUUUUUCUACCACAGCACGAACUGGGCUAAGAGUGAAACUGCUUUCUUGCAAGCUAGCAGAUCCAGUGGAGGCUUGCCAAAACUUGCCUGAAAAAGGAAAAUAACUGCAUUAUGCAUCUUUAGAACAAUUGGAAGGAAUUCUUAUUUAAUCAUAGCACGGCAAAAUGACAUCUGUAGAGGAGACUCCAUGCAAAGACUUGUAAAAUAUACUUUAUUACGGUGGCAAGAGUUUAUCUGGCUUUUGAGAGUUUGUUUCACUUUCCAAUUUAGUUUUCCAUUAUAAUGUGGAAGAAAUAUAAGUUUUCAAUAUUCUUCAGAAGCAUGUUUAAUUUCAGAUGACCUCAAAAAGGAAGAAUAUUCAGGACUUUUUGUAGUGAGAGAUGGUUCAGUAGUUUAGAGUUUCAGCUGGGACAGAAGCACCAUCUUCAUGUGUUGCACAAGCCAUGGAUUUAUUAAGUGUCAUGAAGGAGUGUCCUAUCUCAGCACUUCCCCAUUCCCCCCCCUUUAAGUGUUCAACAGGGAAAAUUUAUCUACUGUAUAACCUCUGUUGCAAAAAUGCUAACUAUAUUUUGUUUCAUAGAUAACCGGCAAGUAAUAUUAUAAACUGACUGGCAUUUAUUCAGAGAAACAAAAAGAAGUUUUGAUUUCAUUUCAAAGUGCUUUUAAAAUCUCAUCAUAUAAAAUACAAUUUUUAAACAA